UUGCGUCACAAUGCUUCCGUUCCAAAGGGGUUGAGUACUGAGGUUCGAUCGAACGGUGAUACAGAAAGUAGCAGUGCAUUUGGUCCUUUCUCGUGCAAAGAUGAACGUUGGGGUUGCACACAGUGAAGUGAAUCCCAACACAAGGGUAAUGAACAGCCGUGGUAUCUGGUUGACCUACGCGCUUGGUGUUGGAAUGCUUCAUAUCGUGCUCUUGAGCAUCCCCUUCUUCACCGUUCCUGUUGUGUGGACAUUAACCAAUGUCAUCCACAACUUGGGAAUGUACGUGUUCUUGCAUGCAGUCAAGGGGACACCCUUUGAAACGCCUGAUCAAGGGAAAGCUAGACUUCUGACACAUUGGGAACAACUGGAUUAUGGAGUACAGUUUACAUCUUCCAGAAAAUUCCUCACCAUAUCGCCAAUUAUUCUGUACUUUCUGGCCAGUUUUUACACAAAGUAUGAUCCAACACACUUUAUUGUCAAUACUGUAUCUCUUUUAACAGUGUUGAUUCCCAAGCUACCUCAGCUACAUGGAGUUCGAAUCCUUGGAAUCAACAAGUACUGAAUUGGAAGUCGUCACUCAUGUUCUGACUAGCUUGUUACAUUUACUGGGAAGACUGAAAACUGGUAAUCUAUAUUGUUAACUGUUGCUAGGAUGUACGGAGCAUUCUAUAUUUCUUCAUGCCAUUUUCAUUGUUUGUAUCCAUUUCAAAAUAUGACUUGUAUCUUGGUUUUGUAAUAGGAUAGACAACAAAUGAAACUUGGUAAUUGGAACUGGUAUACCUAAUCCUGCAAAAGCUUCCCAGGGGGAAAUAAAAUCUGGGCAGGCCCAGCUCUGAAAUGGGAAGAAACUUUAUACUUGUCAGUUUUACAAAGCUGACCAAGUAUAUUGGAGGAAAGUUGCAUGAAGGUAUUGCUACCUUGGACACUUGGAGUGCAAAGCUUAUUUACUGAGGUACAGAAGAAUGGGGCACUGCCAUGUAUAAAAUGAGAGGCAGUUUUUGAAUUUUAUUAUUUGUCAUGUUUUGGUUUAAAAGCAUACUAUUUCUUUAAAGAUUAAGCAAAUAAUGGUACAGAACUUUGAAUUAUAAAUGGCAAAUUAAUUGAGAUAAUGUGUGAGGUAAUGUGGAUGCAUCUUUUGUCAACUAGGUCUAGUUGGUGAACACUUUUAUAUAGCAUGUUAUUUCCAUGUAAGUUGCCAGAGUACAGUUGAUUAAAAGCAAAUGUUGUAUUCCAGUGUGCUAUGGAUGCCAGAAUUACAAAAUAGUAUUUUGGGAUAAACCUACUGUCGUUUGAAGUAUUUGUGAUUAUUUUGGUUAAUGACAUUUUUAAGAGGUGGUUUGAUACCAAAGGUUUCUCAGCUCUUCUGUACCACUAAUCUAUUUAAAUUGAAUGUUGGUAAUGAAAUUAAAAUGCCAGUGUUCAUAUACUUGGAACUGCCGUGGCAAUUUCUCAAUCACUUGCAUGCUUUCAGGAGAAUUGUAUAGAGCAGGAGCUAAUUCCCUACGUGCAAAGAGGAUAUUGGACCCGCCACCCUAGCUGCUAUUGCACAAUUCUUAGCAGUCGGCUCAAUACUGACACUUUACUUUGGGAAUAGGUUGUAUGCUCACCUUCUCAGCCAUGUCGUUUCCCUUCCAUCGUCAUGACUCUCGCAGCUAAAUGAAGGAAUUGCAUAAGUAAUGCAAAUUAUUGGCUGAAACCUUGUGUUUGUUGACGUCAUGAUCACCCAGCAGGUUUAUGGAGAUUAUCAGCAGUACAAAUGUCAAUUGAGGUUGGUUUACCAUUCUCGAUUGCAGCUUGUGCUUACAAAAAAAAGUACAUUGUCCAAGAUCACAAAUCCAGUCUGUUUCCCUGAACUCGUGGUUUGUGAAACUGCUUAAAGAAUUUAAAUGCUUGAGAAAAUUGCUCUUACUGUUGGUAAGUAUUUCCAGAAUGUAAACCAUCUGUAUGUUCUAUGCAAUUUUGUCUUUGGUGGGGAAUAUUGAUUCUUAAUCAAUAAAAGCAGUUUGGAGCUUGCAGUAUUGUGGCCCAUACUUUUCUUAAAUUAAAAAAAACCUGUCCUUGACUUUUAGAAACUUAAUGUUUGUAUUUUGAAUGGUUGCCUCCUUUUCAACUUUGAAGAAGCAGCAACAACUCAAUGUAAUAUGAAGUGUAUAUUUUGCUGUAAUCCACAUUCAUUCCAUAAAUUUAUUUUUGAAUUUGG